UUAUUUCAAACCCAGUGAACUUCCACAGAGGAAGGAAGUGAGUUCCGAAAUCUAAACGCUGUUCUUUCGUUAAAAAAUAAAUAUUUAUCGAUCGAAAACUCUGUGUAAUGAUGGAUUUCAAGCUAUUAAUGAACUUCUGUUCGGAUUUACUUUCUCCUUCCGUUCUCUUUGGUAUGGCUGGAGUGGCAACCAUAAGUAUAGUAGGUGGAUUGGAUUUGUUUUUCACUCAUACAGCAAGAUUUAUGCAGCUUGAAAGAAAGCAAAGACGAGUGCCACGAAUGAAAGGGGUAGUCAUCAGGUCGUAUGGUGGACUUGGGUCAGUUGAAGUUCGAACGGACUUACCAAUACCAAAAAUUAUGAAUGGUGACGAAAUCCUCAUUCAAGUAAUUGCUGCUGGAUUAGAUAAUAUGGACCUCAUGGUGACGAGAGGAUACGGAAAAGCCAUAAGAUCCCAUCUGCGACAACAUAACGAGCACGUUGAAGAUGAGUCAAUUAUAUUGGGAAGAGAAUGUUCAGGAAUUGUUUUAAAAGUUGGAAAAGAAGUGACAUAUAUAUCUAAAGGCGAUGAAGUAUGGGCAGUUUCCCCUUACUGUUACGAAGGUCUUAUGGCAGAGUAUGUAGUUGUCAAAGAAAACCAAGUAGCUCUCAAACCUAAAAAUUUGACUUUUGAAGAAGCUGCUAGUUUACCAUACACAGCCAUUCAAGUGUGCAAUGCUUUAUUGAAUCAGGCCAGAUUAAAUUCGAAAUCUACCAAAGGCAAAAGGAUACUUCUACUUACAGGAAAUUCUCCUGUUGGUCUUUUUACAAUGCAAUUGUUGAAAGCUUGGGGCGGAGACAUUACAACAGCUGUCCCGACGACUGGCCUCCCAAUGUGUCAUGAACUUGGUGCAGACGAUGUUAUUGUUUACACUGUCACGAAUUUUGAAACGGAACUGAAGAAAAGAAGGAGAUUUGAUAUAAUAUUAAAUGCAGCGGGAACAAUACUACAUCAACUAUGUGUGGAUAUUAGCUCUCCUGGUGGUAAAGUAAUAACAUUCACAACAACCCCUAUCUUAUCAGAUAAGUUCGAUGUGAUGUUGGGAUCAUGUCUGGCUGUGGUGCUACAGGUCAUGGCUUGGAUAAAAAAGCUGAAACAAGGUAUGCUUACUAAUUUCUGGUGGGAUAAUUUUUCAUAUGACAGAGAAUACUUGGUGAAAACUGCAGCUUUUGUAGAAGAAGGAAAGAUUUCUCCAAUAAUUGAAACCGUGUAUGAUAUAGAUGAUGCAGCUUUUGCAUUUCAACAGCUGGGACGGUUUGAUAAUGUUGGCAAAAAUGUUCUUCGAAUAUCUUGAUAUAUAUCAUCAUUUAUUUUUAAAUUUUGCUUUAUAUUCCAUUCAUAAAUUUGUCAGCUCAUAAAUUUAUAAUUUUCAGUAAUGAAGCUAUAAUCCUUACUAU